UUGGUGUUGCCCAGAUAAGCGGGAGAGAAGACGACCUCGGCUUCAUCCUCGUUCCAGCUCAGCUUUUUGAUUCAGUACAAUAUCGAGGGCAAAGAAAGUCAAAGUCAACCCCCCUUCACCAUCUCUCUCCGUUUCUCUACGCGGUGUUGGCCUUCCAUCUUUUUCAAAGCUAGCUUAGCUCUCAUCUCUCAUCUUCAGGAGCUCCAGAUUCCAAAGAUAUCAGCCUCAUCAAUCUCCGUCACCGAUAAUAGUCGUAAUUCAGACAUGGCGCUGUCGGAAAGAGAAAUCAAAACCAAGAUAACCGCGACUGUUCUGGCCACUUUCCUAUCUCUUUCCGUCUUCGCAUUGUCAUCGUCUGGCCACGCCUCUCCAGUUCUUCAAGGCGAGAGAGGCUCGUUGUCGCAUCCUCUCGGCGAGUACCGGGAGAGAUCUCGAAAGAUGGUUCCUGGAUGCGAAUUCCUAGUGCAGAUGCAGAUGCUGGCAAAAGGGAGGCACCUAAGGCCUCCACCGGCACCGGUCCGGGGUCGGGCCGGGCACUAUGUGUUCAUCCGUUCCCCGCCGCCGCCGCCGCCAAACUCGCCUCCCCCGCCCCAGGCCCCAGCAAUAACACGGCGAGAUCCGAGAGCCAAAAUGUCCAAAUAUGCACCUCCUCCUCCUCCGCCACAUUGUUGAUGUAGAGGAGCCGCUGCUUCUAGUCUUCUUAGGUGUUCAUCGCAAAUAUGUGG